AUGCAGCUGGUCAGCGCCGCCAGGCGCCUGGGCGGGGAGGCCUCCUCCGCACUGACCGGGCUGGAGGUGGAGCAGAUCGCCAGCGCGCUCAAGCCGCUUCGCCAGAAGUGGCUCGCCGCCAGGUGGGAGCUGCCUGAGCCGGUCGACUUCGACCCGCGCGAGCCCGCCAGGGGCUGGACGAAGCACCACAGGGCCUCGCGCAGCGCCCUCCAGCUUCGCAGCGUGCGGCGGCGGAUCCAGGAGAGGGCGGAGCGGAGCUACCGAGCGCGCGGUUGGCUGCUCGAGGAGGAUGCGGCUUCCCCGCGGCGCGUUGGCAGGCCUGCACCCCUAGAAGACGGCGCCGCCGUUGGUGGGCGCGGGCGCGCACGCGGGCUCGGCGGCGACGCGAAGUUCCGGCCCAGAUAG